AUGGACGAUGAGAAGCUUAAGGCCGAGAAGAUGGCCGCUGCUAAAAAGAAGUUCGAGCAAAUGCGCAAGGCGAAAGCUAAAAAGGCCGGCAAGAAGGGAGUAGGAGGGGAUGAUGCUUCUAAAAAGGAGGAGGCUUCCGCUGCUGCUGCGACCUCUGCUGAGCCGGGAACUCCUACGUCGUCUACCGCUGGGGAGGGUGUUGCUGAGGGGGGGAAGGAGGAGAGGGAUAAGGGGGAGGAUGUUUCGGAGGUUCAGGAGGAGAAGACGGAACAGGCUCCUGAAGAGCAGCCUGCGGAAGAGGCUCCAGCCGAAGCUGAGGAAGAACCUGUCCCUGCGCCUGUGACCAAAACACCCUCCCUAGCGCAACAAUCCAAAGCGCGCUCGCGGUCUUUCCGGCAGGGCUCCAUCUCUAUCACCACCGGCAGCACGCCGCUUUCCCCAGGGGGGUUAAUCAGCCCCGUUGGUGAAGGAGGUGAGACGGCACCAGAUAUCUAUCGCAAGCAGGCGCAACGAAUUGAGGAGCUGGAGAAGGAGAACAAGGCGCUGGCGAAGGAGGUCAGGGAUGUGGAGAAGAGAUGGCAGAGAGCGGAGGAGGAGUUGGCGGAUUUGAGGGAACGGGAUUUGGGGGAUGAGGGGGAGGUGGCAAGGCUGAAAAAGGAGAUUGAGGCUCUGCAGAGGCAGAACGCCCAGCUGCAGGCUCAGAUCAGCCGGUCUGGGUCGGGAGCAAGCAGUCGGCAUGGGUCUUCACCGUCCCUGUCGCUGGCAAGCCCACCUGCUGCGGCAACGGCCGAGCUGGAAGCCCAACUUCGCAGCAAAUCAGCGACAAUUGAGACGAUGGAGCUCGAGAUGUCGCGUCUGCGCGCACAAGUUGAGCGGCUAUCGCUCUCGGCGUCAGCACCUUCUGAGCAGAUCGCUGCUCUCGAAGAGAAACUCGCCCGUGCGGAGAAGGCAGCUGGUGUUGCCCAGAGAGAGGUCAAUGACUUGAAGGCGGAGCUGGAAAAUGCCUCCAAGAAAGCAGUCAAAGAGGGCUCGGAGAGGGCAAGUGCCGAGACGAAAGUCAAGAUUUUAGAAAAGGAGGUCGAGACCCUCAAGGGGGAGAAGGAAGACCUUGCCAAGAAGGUCGAGGCGCUAGAAAAGAAAGUUGCCACGCUCACCACACUGCAUAAGGAACAGGAAGGCCGGAUGUCUGCCCUACGCAAAGAAAAGGAUAGCUUGGAGGAGGAAAUUAAGAGGCUCAAGAAAGGAGGGGAGGGAGGCAUCGACGACGAAGGGAUGGACGAACUUGAAGAUGAGGAGCGCCGCAGGCUUGAACAGCGGAUCCGGGAGCUCGAGGCAGAGAAUACGGAUCUCCGCCGGGGCAUCUGGAUCGAGAAACGCAAGGAGAUGCAGAUGCCUCCCGAAGGCGAGACUGCCGUUCGCUUUGAGAGUGUCGACCUCGACCAUGGCGGUCACUUGUCACCACAUGUUCAUGCCCAUGGUAGUAAGAAGGGCGGCGGACUGGGAGACUUACUAGCUACCGGCCUCAAUGUCUUGACAGGAGGCGGGACUACGGCUACCGCUGGCGGCGGGGCAUUUGAUGAUCUGCUGGAUGAUGACAUGGAGUUUGACGAGGAAGCCUUCCGGAGGGCUCAGGAGGAGGAGCAAAAAGCAAGGAUUGAGAGGAUCAAGGAGUUGAAGAGGACGUUGAAGAAUUGGGAGGGGUGGCGGUUGGAUUUGGUGGAUAUCAGGCGUGGUGGGGGAGAAGGGAUCGGGGAGAUCUUCGAGGUCUGA